AUGGAUGCCCACGCACGCUCAAAAAUGACGGCGUCGGCUACUUCCUCCACGCGACCCAAUGCGACGGCACCCGCUCCGGGUGCGACCGCUCGUCAAGCUCCUCCAUACAGGCCAAACGGUGGGGUGGGGGCGGCGGCGCAGGAAACGGGGCCAGCCAUCAGUAGCUGGCGCCUCGCACGGGAUGCAGUAGCGCGGAAGUUGUCACCCUCCACAGAAAAUGUAUCACCAAAAGGAACCACUUUGGCUUCUGGUGCGGGUUCCGCGGCGAGUAGAACAGCAGAUCCGAGGAAAUUCGCAAGGGAAGGGAACAACCUUGGCCGAGUGGACGAAAGACCUCCUCCGCCUUCUGCUGGCGUACGAGCGUCAACCACGUCAGACGGAGAUAAGGGCUAUUUCUCUCGUGCCGCGGCCUCCGCUGGGCAAAGUGCCCUGAGGGAAAACGUGGAAAAGAGAAUACCAUCGAAGGUUGACGGUACAGUCAAGCCACCGGAGGAGAAAAUGGCGGCACGGUCGUCCCGUGCAGGGAGGGACGAUCCGACAACUAAUUCCGCGAGAGGCUAUGGAAGCAGUGAACGUCCAUCCGGCACUUCCGCUGCUCACGGAAGACCCUUCUCGUGGACAAGGCCUGGUGAAAGUACACGCGGCGAAGAUCAUAAUAUGCAUUCUUUAACAAGAGAAAGUCUUGGGGGUGGGCGUGGCGUACCACAAGCAUUUAGCGAUGGCCGAGUGGACGGCAGAAAUGAGAUUGUGCAUGGCCCACUGCGAGGGCGAAUGAGUCAGCGGCCGUCUUUGCUUGGAACCCCUUACGUGGCGUCGCGGAUCAAUGCGCCUCGUGCACGUUCACAACCAGUCCCAAGUUCUCGUUCUCAGCCUUUAGAGAAUGAGGAUCUUAUACGUUUUCUUGGUGCCUACGGGACCCCACCUAGGCGCUCCACCGGCGUUUUUCCGUUGCAGCAGAUGGACAGGCAGUCAAGAGAUGCGAAGGAGCCUCUUAUUCCCUCUUAUUCUCCUUACCCCACGACGCAUCGCAGUUUGUACGCCGCAACUCCGCCAGCGAAUAAUACGUACCAGCUCCUCGAUGCAGUUGAAUACGACACUAAUGACAGCUCAAAGUUAUUAGAAGACGAGCUUUCAAGCCUGUUGAGUGGACUGGAGGCGUAUCAAAAGCGAUUGGAGCGGGCGGCGCUCGUGGUUAGUUUGGAACGACAACGCCGAAGACGCUACUGA